AGCCCAGUCGAUGAUAGCCUCCGACGGUGCCGGUAUUGACUUUAUCGGCGCCGAUGAGCCCGAUAAUGAGAUUCUCGGCUCCGAUGGGUCCGAUACAGCUUCUUUCAGCUCCGAUGAGUCCGAUGAGUCAGCAAACACCUCCGACGGUGAAGAGAAAUUGCACCAAGACAUCCGUUUGAUACUUCAGGAGAAUUCCGGCAAUGUUAGCAAGAAAUGGGGGAAUUCAGAUCAGUGGGUGCUUGAACUUCGAGAUGGAAGAAGAGUGGCGGUUCUGAUUCAAAUUUCUCUGCCUCCAGGUAAAGUCACAGAGGUAUUGGAAGAACAAACCCAAUUGGCCUUGGUCCCCUUGAAGUGUUCAAAUGUUGUGGAGGUGUCCUCAGCCCAAGUUGAUGAGAAUGAAGUACUUGUGGAGGAUUGGGUCUCAGACACUUCAGAGUCUUCUGAGCUACCUAAUGUAGAGGGUUUGUCGCCUCUAAGUGUGGAACCACUGGCCUUUUCUCUACCUUUGGCAAUGGAAGGGCAGGAAGUGUUGGGUGUGGAGAAUCCAGUGAGGGGAGAAGCUUACUCUGAGUGGGUCCAAAGCAGAUUUAAAGGGUUUGAUAACUUCGUAGGCACGUCCUUAAAAGGUUUGGAAAAUCAAGCAACCACCUUUUUAUUGGCUGUUGAGGCUGAAUUACACCGUAGGGUUGCUUUGGAAAAAAAAGCACGUGAUUUGAAGAGUUCUGGAGUGAAAGGUAUUAGAGAGCUGAAGGGUCUAUUCAGCUCGAUUAAUUAUGGUUCUACUUCAACUAGGCGUAGUGGUAUUAAUAGGGAGCGGGCUCUCUCUGUUCCUAAAUGAAUCUGAAGAUGAUUUCCUGGAAUGUCAGAGGAUUGAAUGAGGCUGGGAAGAGACUUCAGAUUCGUAAUUUAUUGCGUGCAUGGAGACCUGAUAUUGUCUGUUUGCAGGAGACUAAACUUGAAUGGAUUACUAGAGGAGUAGUCAGAAGUAUAUGGAGUUGUCCAUAUGUAGACUGGUUGUACUUGGGUUCAGAAGGUGCUUCUGGAGGUAUUGUAUUGAUGUGGGAUCGGAGGGCAGUGGAAAAGGUGGAAGAAGCAGUAGGGCGCUUUUCUGUUUCAUGCAGAUUUAAAAACAUAGGCGAUCAAUUUGAGUGGGCUUUUACAGGUUUAUAUGGGCCAAAUUCGAACAAGAGGCGUAGGAAGAUGUGGGAGGAAUUGACAGGGCUGAUUAGUUGGUGGGAUGUGCCAUGGUGCCUAGGAGGUGACUUUAAUAUAAUUCGUUUUCCAUCGGAGAGAUUAGGGGCUACAACUAGUACUCGGGCUAUGUAUGAAUUUUCGGAUUUUAUCUCUCUUCAUGGGCUGAUGGAUAUACCUAUGGAAGGAGGCCUUUAUACUUGGUCCAACAAUUUCUCUGCCUCUAGAAUUGACCGGUUUCUUUUCUCUCCACUUUUGGCUGAUCAUUUCACUCUAUUGGCACAGAGAAGGUUGUCUAAGAUA